AUGAAAAAUAUUUUAUAUAAUAAAAAAUUUUAUAAUAAUAAAAAUAUUUAUAUAUUAUAUUAUAUUUUAAUAAUAUUUAAGAGUAUUUUUAUUAUUUUAAAUUUAAAAAUUAAGAAUAAUUUUAAUUAUUAUUUAUAUAAUAAAAUUUAUAAUUUACUUGUUAUAUAUAUAAAAUUAUAUUAUAUUUUAAAUAAUAUAUAUUAUUAUAAUUUUAAUUAUUAUAUAUAUAAUAUGAAUUAUAUAUAUUUUUAUAUUUAUAAAUAUAAUAGUUUAAAUAAUAAAAUUAAUAUAAUUUAUAAUAAUAUAAAUAUUAUAGAAAAAAUAAUAGAUAUUAAAAAAAUUUCUUAUACAAUAAAAAAAGGAAGAAUUAAAAGAUAUAAAGUUAUAUUAUUAACAGGUAAUAAACAAGGUUGGGUAGGUAUAGGAAUAGGAAAGCAUAUAAAUUUAAAUAAAGCUAUUUUAUUUUCUAAAAUUAAUAGUUUAAAUAAUAUAUAUUAUUUUAAAUAUUCAAUGUUAAAUAUGUAUAAAUUAAAGUAUAUUUAUAUAAAUUAUAGUAAUAUUUUUUUAAAAUUACAAUUUAAAAUUUGUAAUUAUUUAAAUAUACGUUUUUUAUUAUUUAAAUAUCUAUUUGAAUGUUUAGGAUAUUUAAAUUGUAAAAUUAUUAUAUAUUAUAAUAUUAUAACUAAUAAAUAUAAUUUAUUAAAUAAAAUAUUAUUAAUAUUAUUUAAUGUAUUAUGA